UACAAUUUAUUGGCCAUCAACCUUGAAAUUAAUUUUUACGUUCACCUUCUUUGAAACUAGUUAUCAGUUAUCGCCUUCUACCGACACAGCUGCAGCCAAACAUCAACUGUAAAGAUAUUCAGUGUCGAAAAUUCGCUGUCUGGACUUCUCGGAAGAUUGAAAAGCAAGCCAUGGAGACAAGAAAUCUGGUGAUGGGUCUUUUUUUAUUAAUCGUCUUCGUCUCCACUGUGAAAGCUUGGACAGGUGAAAUCCAUGGAAGGGUUAUUUGUGAUGUCUGUGCUGAUUCGUCCGUUGGCCCUGAGGAUCAUAUCUUAGAAGGUGCUGAAGUCGCUGUUCUUUGCAUAACAAAAUCUGGAGAAGUUCUAAAUUACCAAGCAUUUACAAAUGCAAAGGGGAUAUAUACCGUGGCAGAAACCAUGCCUGAGAGUGACCGUUGGGAUGCAUGCUUGGCAAGACCUAUCAGUAGUUUCCAUGAUCACUGCACCCAUCUCGGGGAAGGAAGUACAGGAGUGAAGUUCGCUUAUAAUCAUCCAUCAGGCUAUUCUCACACCGUCAGACCAUUUGUCUAUCGCCCUGCAAGUGUUCCUACUUAUUGCAUCUAGAUGCUACUGUUAUCAUGUAUAUUAUACUUAUCAAUUGUGCUUGUUCUAUCUUCUGUGUAGAACAAAUUAGAGUACAGGCUGGCCCAUGUUUUACAGAAACAUGUUGGAUAUCAAUGUGCUUGUUUGUGAUAGACUA